CCAAAUUCUCUAUCUUUGGAUAGUGCUGAAUUUGGAAUCAGGUACCCUACAAUUUUAUCUCCACUUGUUCUCUAUAUUAUCUUCUUUCUACCACAAACCCAUACCCUUUGUUCAUAACAACACAUUGGCAUCUUUUUAUCUCUCAAGACAGCAGUUCUUUCUCCAACUUCUAAUAGUCCCAAUGGAAGGUGAGAAGGAUCAGGCUGGUGCUAAAAAAAGGAGUAUAGAAGUAGGGCCAUGGGGAGGAAAUGGAGGGAGCAGCUGGGAUGAUGGAAACUUCAGUGGUGUGAGAGAGAUCAAAAUUGUUUACGACCGUUGCAUCGACUCUAUCCGUGUGGUGUACGAUAAGAACGGUAAGCCUUACACAGCUGAAAAGCAUGGAGGUGUUGGAGGCAAUCAAACAGCCGAGAUUAAGCUGCAAUACCCCGAGGAAUUCUUGAUCAGUGUGAGCGGCCACUACUGUCCUGUAGUUUACGGGGGCAGCCCUGUGAUCAGAUCACUUACCUUUAAGAGCAACAAAAGAACCUAUGGCCCUUACGGAUUUGAAGAAGGAACCCCAUUUACUUUCACAAUGGAUAGAGGGCUUGUGGUAGGUUUCAAAGGAAGGAGUGGUUGGUAUCUUGAUGCAAUUGGAUUACAUUUCUCUAAGAAACAGUCAAGACUCCUUGAGAGGGUUCAGAAAAAGUUUCAGAAACUUGCAAGCACGGCCUUGAAAUGAUCUGCUACCGAGACUCAGAAAAUCUGUUAGACUUGGCACAGAAAGCUUGUCUAUGUGUUAUGAACUAAUAAUUGGAAGGUUGGUGAACGCUGAUGCAUGGCAUAUAAGUUUAGUUCAUACAGCUUGUAGUUUGGUUUUUAAGUUGUACCUUUAAUACUACUUUUCUGAAUAAACGGAGCAUUAUGCA